UUCUUUACAAAAAUAGUAUGAAAAUGCCUCUUCUUUCUAGGUCUGUGGAUUGCUGUGAGGGUCAAAUAAGGAUAUCAUCCUUUGGGUGCUUUCCAGUCUACCAGUGAAUGACAAACACUGCUAUAUCGAGAGUGUGAGAAAUUGAAUACCAUACAAGUUGUCAGACAUCUAAGACAGAAGAUCCCUGCAAGCAGUGAGGAGAGAUUGGAUACAUUCAUUGGAAUUACAGUCGUGACAAGCAAUAGGGCUGCCACUGAAGACAACCUUUGUCUGCUUGUUAGUGAAAAACAAAAAAGGAGGGAAGAGAAUGGAGGUUGUGAUGUGAUAAGAAGGCAACGAAGAGCUGGAAGCAAACACCAACAACAGAUAAACGACAUGAUUCAAAAACAAAGGGUUUAAAGACACCAGAGUUGUGAUACCAGAUGCUAAGAUACAGAGAGGACAGACAGCUCCUAGCACAUAAUAGAACAGGGAGACCCAGGACCAGCCAGUAGUCACAUGAGGCCUGUGAGAGAACUGCAGAGACUCCCUGCCCACAGAGAGGAGGAUCCAUAGAAUCCAGCUCCACUACUGCUGCCAGUCCUGGGAGGCCCUGGGGCAUGGUGGCCCACUGUGGCAUCCCCCUGACAUCUCAGAGGACAGAAAGAGGAGAAGGCUGUGCUCAGGGUUGCAGGAUGUGCUUUUCCGACUUGCAUCCUGGGAGUCUGAAGUAUUUGAGGCAUUUUGUGAGAAGGCUCAAUUGAAAUUAGCAGACAGAAGACUCUUAGAACUGGCCAAUCCUCAAGGUGCUCCAGGAACCAGCAGUUGAAGAUCUGGGUCUGAGGCACACUUCCUAAAACCAGCACCGCAGAGAAGGCCCAGACAGUGCCAGGAGUCAAAGUUCCCAGGAGGCAAACCCCCUAGGAAGACAGGUGACCUGUGAGGCCCUAGAGCACCACCGUAAGAGAAGAAGAGCCGUAAGCCGGCCUUUGUCAGAGCCAUCAUGGGUGCUCCAGGAACCAGCAGUUGAAGACCUGGGUCUGAGGCACACUUCCUAAAACCAGCACUGCAGAGGAGGCCCAGGCAGUGCCAGGAGUCAAAGUGAGUGCCCACCCUGACUGUGUACCAAGGGCCCUACCCCCGCAAACAGGGGAGACCCCACAGCACCCGGCCCUACCCACCUACUGUCAGUCCCGGAGCCUGUGGUUCUGCCUGGCAUCUGUAUCCCGAGGUGCUUUCUCCCAUCCUCCUACAGAUUCUGAGGGAAUAAACCUCUUAGGAAGACAGGAGACCUGUCAGGCCCUAGAGCACCACUUUAAGAGAAGAAGAGCUGUAAGCCGCUCUUUGUCAGAGCCAUCAUAGAUGAGUUUCUCAGCUGAAGCCACUCACACUGUCACUCUCUUCCUCAGGCCUGUGGGAUCCUGUCAUCCCCAUCCCUGCUCACACGUUUACCUGCUGCUCCUGAACAACAGGUCUCAUGCCUCUCUUUCCAAACCUUCCAGGCCUCAGCUUUGAGGCAGACUUCCCGGACCCCAGUGUGAUAGAGGACUUGGUAGAUGCACAGGAUUCCAUAGAUGAGGAAGAGAAGGAAGCCUCCUCCACUUCCCCUUCCUCUUUCCAUUUUUCAUUCCCCUCCUCCUCUUCCUCUUCCUCAUCCUCACCCUCUACUCUGAUUCUGGGUGCUCCAGAAGAUGAAGAUAUGCCUGCUGCUGGGAUGCCACCUCUUCCCCAGAGUCCUCCUGAGAUUCCUCCCCAGGGUCCUCCCAAGAUCUCUCCCCAGGGUCCUCCACAGAGUCCUCCCCAGAGUCCUCUAAACUCCUGCUCAUCCCCUCUUCUGUGGACCCGAUUGGAUGAGGAGUCCAGCAGUGAAGAAGAGGAGGAUACAGCUAUCUGGCAGGCCUUGCCAGAAAGUGAAUCCUUGCCCAGGUAUGCCCUGGAUGAAAAGGUGGCUGAGUUGGUGCAGUUUCUUCUUCUCAAAUAUCAAACAAAAGAACCUGUCCCAAAGGCAGAGAUGCUGACGACUGUCAUCAAGAAGUAUAACGACUAUUUUCCUAUGAUAUUCGGGAAAGCCCAUGAGCUCAUAGAGCUAAUUUUUGGCAUUGCCCUGACUGAGAUGGACCCGGACAACCACUCCUAUUUCUUUGAAGACCCAUUAGGCCUCACCUAUGAGGGAAGCCUGAUGGAUGACCAGGGCAUGCCCCAGAACUGUCUCCUGAUUCUUAUUCUCAGUAUGAUCUCCAUAAAGGGCAGCUGUGUCCCUGAGGAGGUCCUCUGUGAAGUGUUGAGUGCAAUAGGGGUGUGUGCUGGGAGGGAGCACUUUAUAUAUGGGAACCCCAGAAAGCUGCUCAUUAUAGAUUGGGUGCAGAGAAAGUACCUGGAGUACCGGGAGGUGCCCAACAACGCUCCUCCACGUUAUGAAUUCUUGUGGGGUCCAAGAGCCCAUUCAGAGGCCAGCAAGAGAAGUCCUAGAGUUUUUAGCCAAGGUAUCCAGUAUCAUCCCUAGUUCAUUUCCAUCCUGGUACAUGGAUGCUUUGAAAGAUGUGGAAGACAGAGCCCAGGCCAUAAUUGACACCACAGAUGAUGCUACUGCCACGGCCAGUGCAAG